CUACGGCUGCGGGAGCUGAGGUUUGCGCGCGUCAGGUUUAGCACGAGACGGUAAUAAACUUCGAAGCAGCUUAUUUGAGCCACUUUUUGAUCGUGUGCCGCAUGGGUUCACGAUGACGCAGGAGCAGCUGCUUAGAAUGCUGAAGAAGGAUGUUCGCUCCCUCCUCGUUUCGGCAAAUGGUGGCCUGACUGCCGAACAGCUGAAGCGAGACUACAAGGUCAUGCUGGGCCACCCAUUGCCACUCCAGCCCUUGGGUUAUCGGAAUGUGUUGGAGAUGGUUGGGGACAUGCCUGAUGUGGUGGCUGUCAGCUACUCUCAUGAUGGUGGCCUGCUGUUGAAAGCCGUUGGGGUUGAGAGCACCAAAAGGAUUGAAGAGCUGGUGUCCAAGCAGCGUAGCAGCAAACACAAGGUGGCUCCACGGAAGACAGCUAUGGGGUCGAGCUGCUCCCACAGCUUACAAAAAAAUCCUGUUAAACUACCCUGCCGUGGUCAUGCCCCCCCAGCCGUUCCUGUGCAGUUGCGCAGUCAGCUGCAGCAGCUACUUUCUCAGGGACCAGUUUUGUUGUCUGAACUGGAGUCGUCUUUUGCGAGGCGCUUUGGUUGGCCAUUGCAGAUAACACACUAUGGCUUCAACUCCAUUGCAGAGAUGCUGGUGGCAGUCUCUGACAUUGUAACUGUCAAGCAAAGCAGGAUGGGGUCAGUGAUAAGUCUGCAAAGUAACAUGGUAUCCCCACAACCCACUAAGCAAAGCCCAGCUGACUUAGAAGUUACUUGUGCACAGAGUCCAGUUUGUCAUGCUGAGGAAAAACACCUGCUCCUGACCAGUGAGACUAGUGAGCCUACUCUACCGAACGAAAGCAGCCUUGGUGACAUGCUGAGUGCUGGGAGGCUGCACAGUGAGGGCACACAGCUUGGGCCAAAGCCAGUACAGGAGGAGACAGGCUUUGAAAGUAGCAAUGAAAAGCUGCAAGAAGAGCUCAGGAAAAGGAUUUUUGAGUGUGGGGCAACAGUCACUGUCAGGCCAGAGCUGAAGGAGAAACUUUGUCAGGUUGUAGCCCAGAGUGGUGAAGGAAUCUCUAUACAUGAUCUUCCUAGGGAGUUCAAGAGGCUGUUUGAUGAAGACCUGCCCGUGUCUGAGUGUGGAUUCCUGAGUGUGACAGAGAUGGUUGGGGCCCUGAGUGAUACAUUUUACAUUAAGUCGGGACAUGAGGAGGAGAGACCUGGGUGGGUUGUUAUGGACAUCCAAUGCAGGAGUGCCCAACAUGGAAAAGAGCAGGGUGAAAGUACCAGGGCACAAGAGCCUUUUGUGGCUCUGAAUCCUCCCAAGAAAACUGUUGAUUUCAGCUGUGUGGACUCUUCUUGGGAGGGGCAGGGUAAUGAGGAGGUAGCUGCAAAGGCUGUGGAGGCUGAAGCAGACCUUAAGGUCAGCAACAAAACUUUUCAUCAGAUGCUAGACAUAUUUCCAGCACUGGCAGCGGUAGCAGGUGAUGAGCCUGUGGUGCCCCUCGACAUUGUGCAAGAGAAGCUAUGGGCCACUGCCCGCCCACAAGAGAGGAUGCUGGUGGGUGUACUGGUGGAGCGGGUCGUGUCUCCCAACCACUUCUAUGUCCGAUUUGAUGAGACCACAGAGUCCAGCGCACUGGAGAACAUGAUGAUUGAAAUGAGGAGCUGCUACACACAUCCUGAGGUUUCAGAUCGCUAUCAGCUACUGGAAAGCUUUGUGCGUCCAAGCCAGGUGUGCUGUCUAAGGGUGCAGGACAUAUGGUUCUACCGGGUAGUAAUUCACAGGAUUCUGAAUGACACCCAGGUGGAGGUAUACUUUGUUGACUUUGGGGAUGUCACCACUGUGGACUGGAGAGAAUUGAAAUUCCUCAAGUCCUGCUAUGCCCAGCUCCCAGCACAAGCAGUCCUCUCUUCCCUGGCUGGGAUCCGUCCCAUUAGUGGUAAUUGGAGCAAGGAUGCAGUGAGGUAUUUCCAGAAGCUGUGUUUUGAGCGUCCUCUGGUGGCUGCUAUCCACAGCUACCAGGAGGAUGUUCUGUACACCUUUCUGUGUGACACCCACACCGAGGAAGAUGUGUACAUCCACAACGCCCUGCUGGCUGAGGGACACGCUGUCCAGUGCAUGGACUCCUACAGUGAAGAUCUUUCCAGGCAAUUCAAUCCAGUGGCCCUCUACCUGGAGACAGGGAUGCAUGCUGGAGGCAUCUGCCCUGAGUUAUACCAGCAGCCAGUAGCCACACCAAGGGAGAGGCGCCUAGUGGAGGAAGAGGAGGACCUCAGUGAUCUCCCAGAACUGGAGGUCAUCAUUGAUGAUGAUGAUGAUGACCUCACAGCAGUCUAACCCAGUGAGAGUGAGACCCGCAAACUGAACGAGAGCCCAAGAAGUAACACGCACCACAGAUUGUCCCAAUACUUGCACUUGUUUGCCAACCCUGAAUAUACCCUCCCUCCUGACUGUCCCUUUGUUCUUUGAUACUAAUAAAUCAAAAAAAAAAAAUUCAGUUGCUCAC